UAUUCAGUCACAUUGUGUGUUCAAACAAUUCAUAAGUCGCUUGGGUUUACUCACGCUUCCGAAAAAUACAAACGAUGGUACUCCUACCAUUAACAUUAGUGCUAGUUACACUAGUUCUAGCGUGGUACUUAAUUGGAAAGUACAAUGAAAAUUAUUGGAGGAAACGUGGUGUUACCUUCUACGCAAAGAAUAAAGUAAUAGGACCAAUGUGGGACUUCAUGACAUCCCAAAAAGCCCUGUUCGAGAUCUUCGGAAAGCUGUACAAAGAAUACAGAAAGGAACCAGCCAUCGGUAUCGGACAAAUCUUAACUCCAUCACUGUUUGUUAUUGACCCGAAAAAUGUGCAGCAAGUGUUAUCUGGUGACUUCCAGUCAUUCAAUCACCGAGGUAUGGAAAGCGUCGAAGGAGACACGUUGUCUGAUAACAUUACCUUUAUGAAUGGUCCAAGAUGGAAACUAAUGCGUUCAAAUAUGACUCCAUUGUUUACGGCAAACAAAUUGAAGAACAUGUAUUAUAUCAUGGACAAAAGUGCUCAAGAUUUCGUGAAAUAUUUGAAAAAUAACCCCAAGAAUCAGAGUGGUAAUUUAUUUGAAACUCUUACGUUGUUCUGUAAUGCUGCUGUUUGCGGAGCCAUCUUCGGCAUUGGAUCAGAGUCAGUAUUUGAUACACCUUUCCUCAAGCUGGCCAAACGUUUAUCGCAAUCGAAUGUAUUGGUAAGAAUGAAAUUCGUAUUUUAUAGUUUAAGCCCAAAAAUUUACACUAGUUUAGGUUUUAAACUAUUCAAAGAACAUGAAGAGUUCUUCGUUAAAUCAAUUGGUGAAGUGUUGAAACGCAGAGAUCAGGAAAAUGUAAAGAGACACGACUUCGCGGACAUUGCUCUAGCUAUACAGAAGAAUGGUACCAUGAGAGACCGGACAACGGGAUACGAGAUAGAGCCUACGACCGGUAUACUCUCUGCACAGGCUUUGUUCUUCUUCACUGCUGGCGUAGAGCCUUGUGCUAAUGCGAUCUACGCGACGUUGUAUCUUCUGAGCUCUCACCCAGACAUAUUAGAAAAAGUGCACCAGGAGAUAGAUGAACAUUUUGAAAAGAACAGUAACAAUAUAACGUAUGACGUUAUUAAUGAGCUGGAGUAUACCGAGAAGGUGUUAAGUGAGGUGAUGAGAAUAUUCCCUCCCAUUGGAUUUUUGACCAGACAGUGCGUUCAGAACACUGUUUUACCGGUUGGUAAUAUCCCAGUGGAGAAAGGAACUAAAAUAUUUACACCAAUUUAUGAUAUCCACCAUGACCCAGAACUGUAUCCAGACCCAGAAGUGUUUGAUCCAGAGCGAUUCUCCAAAGAUAGGAGACCCAAUGACGACAUUUAUAUGCCAUUUGGAAUGGGCAACAGAACUUGCAUAGGUGCCAGGUAUGCCAAGCUACAAGUGCAGGCUGGUUUAGUGCACGUCUUGCGAAACUUCACUGUUCAACUGUCCAAAACAAGUGGAAAGUUAAAGUUUGCCCAUGAUCCGCUUAAUGUAAGACUUAGAAAUAUCAGUAUUGAAUUAAUUCCACGUGCAAUUAAAUAGAUGUUCAUGUAUCAAUUGAUGGGGGAAUCCCACCUCAAAAAUAUGCGCAUUCGCCUUUUACAGCUUGU